AUGAUUUACCUCGUCUUGUCAUUCUCAAAACAAUUAUCUGUUGAGCGGCAAAGUGGCCAAGAGUCUGACUUACAGAUUUACAAUCGCUCGCAUAAUCGCCGUGUUGUCUCUCAACGUGCUUUGCUCUGGAUCCCAGGAGCCCAUAUCUGUAUUGAGCUCCGCGUGCUCUCCUGGUCAAGGAGCAGCAAAUGGCAGGCAACGUAUGGCAAGGAGGAAAAUACUGAGACAAAUUGGCUUACGUCCAGAAACAGAAACUACGGUAAACCAGAACAAUCGCAAAACAUUCCCUUUGGCAUGUGCCCUUCGAAGCCCAACUCCAACAUCAGAACCUCACGAAACCAAGAAACUCCUAGUUUGAUCCAUUUGUCACCCGCGGCCGCUCCGUUCGGAUCCUGUCUGCUAUCCAGGACCGAUAACCGCAUGCACCAUGUUACCCUUAAACCCUCCGUUUGGUACUAUUUCCUAGCCAGCGCCACCUGGCGAGAAAGCAUGAGGUCGCCAGCGUACAAGUCCGAGGACAAGGAAAAGCACAGAGAAGAAAAUACGAGAAACAAACUGCAAAACAGAGGAGUAGUCGUGACUCAGCGGUUGUGCGGAGCCGAUAAGUGGUGUUGA